GAAGGAACCGGUCGCUAGUAGGAGCGUUAGAAAAACGGUGACGUAUCGUAAAGGUAGUAGAUUGAAAGUUUGAACAAGUAGCUAAAAGCUUCCCCGUCUGCACAACCUUCCAGAAGAAAACAAAAAAAGAGAGAGAGAUCCACAAGAUUGGAUUCAGUCAUCGCCGGAGAGAGUAGUAGACUGAGAGAGAAAGAUAGUUCUAUCUCUUCCCCCUUGCGGCUAGAUCGGUGAAAACAUGGAGGCGGAGAAGUGGAGCAGCGACGGCGGCGAAUACACCUCGGAAGACGAAGGGACUGAGGAUUACCGUCGCGGCGGUUACCACGCCGUGAGGGUCGGCGACUCCUUCAAGAACGGCCGGUACGUUGUACAGAGCAAACUAGGUUGGGGCCACUUCUCCACCGUAUGGCUCUCCUGGGACACUUUAUCCUCUAGAUAUGUAGCGUUGAAGGUGCAAAAGAGUGCACAGCACUAUACAGAAGCUGCCAUGGAUGAGAUAACUAUAUUACAACAGAUUGCUGAGGGAGACGCUGAUGAUACCAAGUGUGUUGUGAAGCUUUUGGAUCAUUUCAAACACUCGGGUCCUAAUGGUCAACAUAUAUGUAUGGUUUUCGAGUAUUUGGGAGAUAAUUUACUGACGCUUAUUAAGUAUUCUGACUACCGUGGCUUGCCUAUUCGGAUGGUUAAGGAGAUUUGUUACCACAUGUUGGUUGGUUUGGACUAUUUGCAUAAAGAGUUGUCUAUUAUACAUACUGAUCUCAAGCCUGAGAAUGUGUUGUUGCCGUCGAGGAUUGAUCCUUCUAAAGAUCCUAGGAAGUCUGGAGCUCCUCUAGUUAUCGCUAGUGGUAAGGAGACGAGAGUUGACUCCAAUGGAGACUUCGUCAAGACUCAUAAGAAAGAUGUUCGUAGAAAGGUGAAUGGAAAAUCAAGUGCUGCAGAAGAAGACUGUCCUUCUACUUCUGAAGUGAAGCAAGGAGGUAAGAAAGGGAGUCGAGCGAGUAGAAGGCACCUUGUGGAAUCUGCUGAUCUCAAGUGUAAACUUGUUGACUUUGGUAACGCGUGUUGGACUUAUAAACAGUUCACAAGUGAUAUUCAGACGAGACAGUAUAGGUGUCCUGAAGUAAUCCUUGGAUCUAAGUAUUCUACAUCGGCAGAUCUUUGGUCAUUCGCGUGUAUAUGCUUUGAACUUGCUACUGGUGAUGUACUUUUCGAUCCUCAUAGUGGAGACAAUUAUGAUAGAGAUGAGGACCACUUGGCUUUGAUGAUGGAACUUCUUGGAAUGAUGCCACGCAAGAUAGCUUUAGGAGGACGGUACUCAAGAGAUUUAUUCAACAGGCAUGGUGAUCUUCGACACAUAAGAAGACUGCGUUUCUGGCCAAUGAACAAAGUCCUUACCGAGAAGUACGAGUUCAGUGAGCAAGAUGCAAAUGACUUGAGUGACUUUCUUGUUUCGAUUCUUGAUUUCGUCCCGGAGAAGCGACCAACUGCGGCUCAGUGUCUUUUACAUCCUUGGAUCAACUCUGUCCCUCGGUCUCUAGAACCAUCUCUUCUCUCACAGGAAGCCAAGCUGGAUACAGAGAGAAAGAAGACUGAGAAGGAGGAGCAAGAAGCUAUGGUAGUUAAAAUGGGGAACGUUGCAAUAUCAUCCCCAAAGUCCAAACCAGGUAUGAGCAAAAGCUCUUCUCUUAAGCAAGCAAAUUGAUUUUGAGGGAAAGGGAGUUGUGAUGAUACUUCAAACUCGCCUCUGUGCUAGCCAGAACCACCUCAAGUUUCAUAUGUGCAGUUGUGAUAUCUUCUUUGUGUAAUUUUACGAAUCGAAAUACCAAUAUUGACAUUCAACAUGUACUUUUGAUUGAAUAUAUCAUCUUUAUGAAAUCAGACUUCUGGUGCCAAUGAAAUUAAUAACUUUUGUUUUUG